AUGACUUCAGUGGAUGCGGAAUUAUUGAAAAAUCCGCUCGAAGGUAACUCAUUUUAUUUGUUUUAAAUGGCUUUUUCAAAUAGGAAAUUUGAUUAACUUCCAGGUUCAUUUUAUUAUUUUUCAGACGGUGUGGAAGAUGGGGAAAUAACAGAUGAUGAAGACUGUGCAACCUCUUCUUUCGAAGUUUCUACAGAACUGGACGGUGAUAAUCAUGAAAUUUAAGCUUAAAUCUAAGUCUUUUUUUUAAAUUUUAGCUGUUAGGAAUUACGAAGAAGAUGAUAAUGGAAAUUCUUCCGGUGAUGAAUAUCCAGAAGAAAUUUUGAACGUUGUGGCGCAAAAGGUAUUUUUUAUCACAAUAAUUUGACAACGUUUUUUCGAGGCUUUCGAAAAAAGUCAGCAGAAAGCAGUUUCAAUCGAACAAAAACCACCGAAUGAUCCCAAACUGUGUGUAGUUUGUCAGAAAAAAGAGCACAAGUACAGGUGAAUUUCACCUCUCAUUAUCUUGGAAGUGACUGAAUUUCCAGAUGCCCUCGUUGCGAUGUUCGCAGUUGUUCUUUGGGCUGUUCAAAACAACACAAAACUGAUUCGGAUGCUAGUUUUACCUUUUUUUUUUUGAUAAUUAUAAAAAUUUGCAGUGCGACGGGGUCCGUCAAGCAUUCUGCACAGUCAAUAAACUCUCUCAAUUCGACGCCCAAAAAUCGAUUGAUGAUCAAAAGUUUUUCCACGCCAUUAAAGAAGCUGUUGGAUUGCAGACGAACGAGGUGAUUUUCAUCGAAAAAAAAUAAUUAGAAAUGUGAGCUUUCAGGGUCCUGUUCAACCUAGAAAUGAAGAAAAUCUCGGAAAACCAAGUGAAGAAAUUUUUGAACACGGAUUGCGUUGCAAGGUAUGAGAUUUUCAGAGAAAAUCAUCAAAUUUUGGUUUUCCAGCCGAAUUCUUCCCUGGAGCGUUAUUUGAUGAACGCUGCUCGUUUCAGACGAAUCUGGCUGGGUUUCAGUGAUGAAAACAGUAUGUUUUUUGGUUUUCUUUUCUUUUAUAGUCUGAGCAAAUUUUUGUUGCGUUUUAUUCAAGGCAGAUUGGUUUUCAAAAAUGAAAAUUAUGUAUGUGUAUAAUCUUCCGUCACUUAAGGAGAAAUCGAAUUUUUUUAUUUUCUUUCGAACUCAAAUUUUAAGAUUUUUCUUCUUAUUAUUAUCAGUAAUUUUUUUAAAUUUCCCCAGAGAAGUACAGAAAAUGUGUUAUUCUAGCCAGAGCAUCAAUGAGAUUAUUUGACGACAUAGCCAUAUUCUCGACUUCGAAGAAGAAAAUUCCUAGGAUAAUAAAAAAAAAAUUUUUUUGAAGUAAAGCAAAUUCUGGAAUUUUUGAAAAACUUUUUUUCGUUGACUUCGAAGCGCCUUGGGUGCACUUGAAGAUUUUUCCGAAUGUUCAGUUUUUGUUGACAUUCAGAACCGAAUGAAAGCCGUCACGAACAAUUUUCGGAUACAAUUUUCUGGAACAUUGAUAUAAUCUUCCGCAAACAGACGGAAGAAGGAUUCUCGGAUUAUUCCAAAACAAUCGUCAACAUUCCCGACUCCAUUCGUCUUGUCACGGUUCCGGAAUAUUUUCUUCGGAUUUUCAUCUCAAAGUUAUUGUUUUCUAGGUUCUCAAGCAGUUCUUCAAGCCGCGCAAGUUCGGGAUGGUCGUCUCUGAAUCGGAUUUGGACCUCGAGAAGCUGGAACCUUUCAUUUCUCGUGGAAUCGAGGGCGUCAACGUUUUUAUGCCGGUCCAUAGUCUCCAGAACAAGUUUCUAGCCAAUUUUGUUCGUUUUUCACCGUUUUUGUAGGUUCUAUGGUAUCCUUCCCGAUCAGUCUCUGCUGGAAAAUUUGCGUAACAAAAUUGUCGUCGAUUAUCCAACACUUGUUGUGACUUUGGAUAAUGAGUUUUUGAAUAUAGAGGUCUGCAAAAAUCAAUUCAAAUGUUUCGAAAUGGAAAAAAGUUGUAGAUCAUCAACAAAGAUGAGGCGGAGGCCGUUUUCAACAAGUUUGGAGGCUUUUCGAUGAACAGCCGUGGUGGAUUCCCACGUGGCGGCGGUCAAAAUGUAGGCUUUUCAAACGUUUAUAAACUUAUUAAAAAUUGUUUCUGAUUCUCUAUAGUUGAAAAAAGUAAUUUAAAAGAGAAUGUCGUUUUUUUUUUACAAUGCAUUGAGAUCCUUGAUUAUCGGAAUUCCGAGUUUCCCCUUCAUUCAGCAUAUUUGCAAUCUGGUUUCGAAAUUGUUCUGUUUGACAGAACCGUAUUUUCAGAAUUAAAAGUUAAAAAUCCUAAAAACACUUUUCCUGAAGUUAAAUUUUCACGCAGAUCUCGGAGUUUUUUCUCGAUAUAGUCUCCUCAUUUUUUUAAAAAAUGUUGUCUGUAGAGCACAAAAGGUCCUAAUUUCACUGCAAUCGCUGAUCAAAUUUCAUUUUUUUUUUAAAUAAAAAACAAUUUUUUCGCUUUAUAAAAACUUUUAAAAUAAAUUUUUUCUUAGUUCGGUGGGCAUCGAGGUGACCGGCGAGGUCGUGGUGGUCAGUUCAACAGAGGAGGUAGUUUUCAAUCAAAAAUAGAACUGAGUUCUCUUUUCCAGGUUUCACUCCACGGGGAGGCUCUCAUCAUGUCCAGCAACGGGUUAGUUCCAAUAUUGAAAUGGAAAAAUCGUAACUUCUCUGGUUUUAGUUCCAAAAAAGAAGUUUCGGAGGGGACGGCAAUGAUCAGCCUCAGUGGAAACGCGGCCGUGGCGGUCCUGGUCACCGGAAUUCUCGAGGAAAUUUCAACCGAUUGCAGAACAACAGGUGCUUCUUAUGAAAUGUUCUUGAACAGAGAAAAAUAGUUGAAUAACGGAUUUGACCCUUUCAUAGAUAGCUUGAGAACGUUUUCGAUGAGAAAUUAGAAAAGAACGGGAAAAAAAAUGUUGGAAGCGAAUUAGACAUGUAGAGAAGCUAUCAGGCAAGAGUACAAAAACAUUUCAUGUUAGGGAAAAUGAAAAAUUAACAUCUAAAAAUCAGGACAACUAAAAAAACAGGAUAAAUUCGAUGUGAAGCACGCUGGAAUAAGAAUAUUGCAAUAAAGCUUGUUUCCUAAGCCAUUGAUGUAAUCGUAAUUAUGAAAAAACACGUCAAUUUCAAAGAUAAUUGUAUAAUUAUCAUGUUUUAUUUUUCAUCUUAUUCUCACAUCGAAAGCUCUUUAAUUCUUCAGAUAAUCAAGAGCCUCCAAGAAAAAUGAGGAUUUCAAGGAAAAAAAAUUGUGAAAAAUGAGCUUAUAAAAACAAUUGAAACGUUUCAAAAUGUUGUGAGAAUUAAAAAAAUAAAACUUUUGGGAUGAUACUGAAAGAUGAAAUAUUUACUGAUGCUCCUUGACUUUUUUGUUUUGAGUUUAUUUUUUAACAUACGUCGGCUGGAUCCCACCCCAGCCUUUUGCGCGCAAAAAAGUUUUUUAAAAUGUACUGAAGUAGGCCGCACUUUUUGGGGGUAGGCCGCCGUUUGAAGGGGGUAGGCCGCACCCCGGGGUGGGAUUCAGCCGACUUAUGUUUUUUAAGAUUUAUUGAGAGUUUUUCAUCAAUAUAUCAUGAAAUUCAUCAAAAUUCAUGUAUUUUUGAAAACUUUCUCUCAUUAUUCUAAAUGAAGUAUGGUAUUUUCUAGACACCAACCUCCGGCGGAGGGAUUUGACCCUUUUGAGCCUUUCGAAGGCCCCAUAACUCUCCCAAUGGAAUAUGGAAACUCUGGAGCCAAAUCGAGUUAUUCUUUUGCUGUUCCCAAAAGAAACGAUUGA